AUGCCUUUACUCAACCCAUACCUCCGUGCCUUCUUUCGCUCCACGCUUCCCGCCCAAUGCACUCCGGUACAAGAUUACAUCCUCCUGGUACCCACAACUGAGAUUCUUACAAACACUCGCGAUCGGGAGUCCGGGGCGCUUUACGCCGAUCUUGCGGGCGUGGAUGAGUUCCUGGGGAGCCAUGUGUUACGGGUUCCGAGCGGAGGCAGCUCGAGUCCCAUGGUCGGGAGCAGGGAAAACAGGGGGAAAGCAAGGCAGUUUACAACAUUCAAUGGGCGGACUGUGGUUGUGAAGGAUAGUUGGGUUUAUUCGAAUAAGGGUUUCAGGAGCUUGAAUCAGGCACAGCUACUGAACGAUACGCUGUUCUAUCCCGACAUCAGCGACCCCCAACAGUGGCUUAUCUACUUUAUUUCACGCCCGCUUAUCGGUAGUCUCGAGGUCGUGUCAACGAUUCCUCCGCAGUUACGUGACCGCACAGCUGUGGAAACAACCGCCUCGAGGGCAACUGGGCAAGUAUCAUCAUCGUCGUCGGGACCAUCGGCAAAAAAGAAAGAUGUAAAAUCGUUCAAUGAGCUUUUAAUGCUCUUUCCCAUGAUUGCUCGUCAAAUGCAGCCCGGGCUCGAAAAGCUAUUCCAAGACUUUGAGGUCUCAUUCCAGAAAUUCAAACCGCUUCCCAUGCCUCCGCCCUCACCAAAGAGCGUGGCAUCUGGAGUUUCAAGUAGUAGGGCUUCGACACACUCAAGCGUCAGCGGCGAUGUUUAUAAACAGGCUGCUGAUGAGGCCGAGAUUCGCCGGAGUUUGGAAAAUGCAAUCAUGACUGCAGUAGACUUAUUCCAGCGGGUUGACCAGUCUCAACUCAAUCUACUAGCAUCGACGACGGACUUGACUGGUCCGGCAUGCGAUCGGUUGAUUGAACGUUAUGUAGCUGAGCAGCUCCAUGAUUCCAUCUUGUUCCCGAGGCUCUGCGCCACGAAGAACAUUGAGGAUGAGGAGCUGGAAGGUAAGAUCAUGGAUAUGGCCAAUGUGGAUUUGACGCAAGUUGGGAUUCCAUCCCUAGAUCAACAGGAGAAGAAGAGCCUAGUGAAUAGACUCGGAAGAGGCAUCAAGAGUUUUGCAAAGAUUGGGGCUGCGAAGAGCCCACAUGCCAUGACAGAAUACCUUCUUGAGACAGCUCAGACACUAACUCGGCUUGACGAUGACCCACCUGAGUCGGAACCAAAGAAUCCGGAGAAGAGCUCAGUUGUAACUAUGAAUGCAGAUAUGCUUGUCUCCUUGCUUCUUAUUGUUGUUAUUAGAGCUAAGGUGCCGAACCUGCAUGCUUGCUUGAGUUACAUGCGUAACUUUAUCUUUGCGGAGGAUGUCGAGCAGGGCGAAACUGGAUAUAUCCUUAGCACUCUCGAAGCAGUGUUAUUCCAUAUCGCUCAAGACCAUGCGUUGUCUGCGGCGAGCAGGAGUAAUGAGAAACUAUGGAGGAGUGUAAAGGCGGGAGAUUUGGAGGCUGUGAGAAGGUUACUAGAGGUUGGAGGUGAUUCUAGGAGUAGGGCAAGUAGCCGUGUGAGAUCUGAUGAUGGAUUUGAAUCCAAAAGUGAGAGCGGGAGUGAUGUGGAGAACACAGCGGGGCGGAAUGGUGAGAACGGGAAUGGUGAGGGGCACAACAUUGAGGGACAAAACGGUGUACCAACAGUCCAGGUAUACAGCCCAGUAGCGGAACAUGGGGGGGGUUUUAUGGAAGAGCUGCAAAAGGUAUCGGAGACAAAUGGGGAUAACGAUGAGGAAUCUGGAUCAGAGGAUGUCGAGGAUGGAAAUGUGACCAAGACGACUGAGGAAACGACUCAAGAAACGACUGGGGAUGAAACCACGAAUCAUGAAUCUACGGCCAAUAGCACCGAACCAAAACAUGAAGAGCCGAAAAGUACCACUGAGGAUACUGCUGUUGAGGAGGCUGAAUCUUCGCAGGACGCACUAAAGAACGGUGAACAAGAAAUCGAAGAGGAGAAGGAGUUGCCAGCGGUCCCUACUGUGACAAAACCUUUAACAAACUCCGAAAUAGUUGAAGAGGUCUUCAUUGACCCCUUCGAAGCUGAACCGGUUGAUGCCCCAUCUGCCCCUGCCGGUAGUAUCUCCACUCUGCGAAUAGAGGAUAUAAUUACCGAUGGACAAGAUGAUAGUGCCUCUGUCUUGAGUGUUACCCUUGCCCCACCAGUACCAACAAAACCAUCGCGCGGCUCUCCAAACGGACGUGCAGGAACAGCCCGAUUCGAGGUUGACGAACCGGUAUCUUCAAACAAGUUCCCAUCCCGUAGGGAGAGAUGGAGUACAGCCAGUCUUGCGACAACUCUAAAUGAUACAAGUAGUAUGACAAGACUAAGCAGAACAUACACCUCGCAGUCUCAAACGGCAGAUAGUUUCUCUGUCGAGAAACUCAGCAAAACCCGGAACGCGAGUGGAGAGAGUGUGCUCAUGAUGGCUGUACAGGAAAGGCGGACAGAGGUAUUGAAGUAUCUCCUCGAGACCAAGUUCUUUGACCUCGAUUUUUUGGUAGAAGACACCAAUAAUGAGGGGACUACACUUUUGUCUGCAGCCGUCCAAGCAGAGAGCCAGGACAUCGUGGACCUAAUAUGCCCAUACCUAUUCGAGCUCGACGAAGCAGCACUCAGGAAGUACUUUACCCGCCCUGAUACAGCUGGGAGAACAGUCGCUCAUUAUCUUUUCAAUACCCCCGACCUCAUCAAGCGCCUGGGCCGCUGGCUGCCAUGGAAAGUUAAAGAUAAGAACGGCCAAACACCUUUAUUUGCACUAUGCCGUAGCUACGAUCACGCAAAAUACAAAGAGAUGGUAUCAUCGGCGAUUAAACAAGCGCAAGCAGCACAAGGAGAUGGAUGCAAACUGCAUCUUGACGAGCAUGUGGACAAUAAAGGAAACACUUUAUUGCACAUUGCGGGAGACCCUUCGGUGUUGAGGACCAUGUUAAGAUGUGACUCGGAAGUGAAUGCAGUCAAUGAUCGAGGCUUCACGGCGCUGAUGGUUGCGAGUAAGUAUGGACGGGUGGAGAUGGUGAGAACCUUCUUUGCGGAUGGCAGGGUAGAUCUGUUGGCGAAAGAAUUGAGGGGUUUGACGGCGGUAGAGCUGGCGAAGGAUGAUGAUGUGAGAAACCGCAUCGAUGACUUGGUGCUAUUCCAGAAUCCACAUGGAGAUGAUGGAAGGGUUACUGCGGUUGUGAGAAGCUUCUUCGUAGAAGAUGCGACGAUUAGGGUGGUCGUGAAGAGUGGUGCCCCGGCGGGAGAGAGCACGUUCACCAUUACAACAUGUCGGCGUUCCUUGACGGAUUUUCAAUUCCUUCAAGAGUGGCUCCAAUAUGAGAACCCCGGGUCAUGGUUACCAGUUUUAAACGUGCCGAGGAGUCCAUACCAGAUCCCGUCAAAACCAUCAAGAUCGGUGCUGAGAGAUAUACAAUUGCGGGUUGAUUGUUUUCUCAGAACAUUGCUCGCGCACUCCACAUUCUCGACGCAUGAGCUUUUAUGGGAAUUUUUUCUUGUUCCAGAUUUACAGCAGGAACUAAUGAUGGAAAGGAGUAAGAAAAAGGCAGAGAUAAGGAUGGAGAGAAUUAGGGAAGAAUUUACACCCAUAGAAGAUAUUAGGGACGUAGAGAACUUCGUAAGCUAUGCGAAGGAUAGUGUAAGAAGUGUCAACUACGCUUGUAGGAGUGUUACAAGAAGAGCCACGGCUCUGAGGUACAACAUGUUCGAUCUAUCGGACUCGUACAAGUUCUGCUUAAAACAUCUCAGUGGAUUCAAGUUCCUCCAAGACACAGAACACCUGUCCGCCUUCAACCGCUUCUCUGAAGCCUUAAUACCAAACGAAUCAAAUCCCUACACACUCUUCAUCGAAGACUUCCGAAACCUGCAAGCCUCACUGAACGGGGUCAUGGCCGCAAUGGACCGACCCCGCCAGCUUAUCAAUCAGAUGUCGGUCCUUCAAAAACAAGUAGACAAACAUAUACUCUCACUCCGCCGGUCUGACCGCUGGCCGCUCGGUCUUCUUGACGACACGCGUGCCAAGAUCCACCAAGAGGCUGCGGAGAAUGUGGCAAAGAGUAAAGAAGAGUACAUGCAGCUUAGCAGUGAGCUGAGAUGCACUCAAACCGUGGCUGCUGCUGAGUUGAGUAGCUUUCAUGAUCUCCAUGAGAAGAUGGCAAAAAGGGCGAUAAGAGACUUUGCCAAGAGGUGUGUAGUGGGGGAGAGAGCAAAGUUGGAGAGUAUGAAAAGGGCGAUAAGGGGCAUAUCGAAGAUGGGGUUUGAAAAGCCUCCUAAGCCUAUGACGGCACCGACUGAAAAUUAG